AUGCCUCAAGCCUCAUCAAUGUCUCCUCCCCCUCUCUCCUCCCCACCCCACCAGGUGGCACCUCACAUGCUACGCGCGGCGCCUGUUCACAACCAGCCUCGCAGUGUUCACCAUCUGAGAUACCUCAAGCCUCAUCAAUGUCUCCUCCCCCUCUCUCCUCCCCACCCCACCAGGUGGCACCUCACAUGCUAUGCCCGCCGCCUGUUCAUCACCUCCCUGGCAGUCUUCGCGUGCACGUCCCCCGAGACACAGCUCUCCGUCACCCUCCCCCUGCAGGCCAUCCACAUCGGCCUGCACUUCGCCGCUUUGAGAUUCUCCUUCCUCCCUUCCCUCCCAUUCACCCUCAACUGCAGGUGGCACCUGUCCUGCUAUGCACGCCGGCUCUUCAUUGCAAGCAUCUCAGUCUUCGCGUGCACGUCCCCCGAGACACAGCUCUCCGUCACUCUCCCCCUGCAAGCCAUCCACAUCGGCCUUCACUUCGCUGCCUCCCCGCACUCCUCGCUCUCCCUCGACCUCCUCUCCUCCCUCCUCGCUCUUUCCGAGCUUCUCUUCACUGUUGCUCUCACGGGAAAGAGCUAUGUGGUUGUGCCGGCGGCAGCGACUGCGCUGUUUGUGUGCGCGCUCGUGCUGCUGCUCGUUCCGGCCACGCUGGUGUUGCUGUAUGAGAUGGUGAAUGGGUUUAUCGCGUGCACGGAGUGGACUCACCACCUGGCCAAGUCCCAGCUCUACGCUGUUCUCUCCCAGGCUCUUCUCGGUGCUGCUGUGGGGGAUGUCACUGUUGCCCGCAUGACCGCAGGGAAAGGCGACACCCGUGUGCUGAGUUCUCAGGUUUCCCAGCAGCAGCAACAGCAGCAGCAGCCGCAGCAGUUGAGUCAGCAGGAGCAAGCAAGCCAGCAGCAGCAGUUGCUGGGAGUGGCUGUGGGUGGUGGUGGUAUGCCUGGUCUGGCAGGAGUGGCAGCAGCGAUGGAGCGAGGAGGCGUGGGGUCUACGAGUGGGCGUCGCAGCAACAUCAGCGUUCUCGUUCGCAGUCUAUCCAAGCGAGAGGGCGUUGGUGGUGCCAGUGAUCUUCUUUCCAUGUCGCGCAGUAGCUCGCGCCACGAACUGCCUGGAGCAGCAGCAGGGGCAGCAGGAGUGGCAGCAGGAGCGGCAGGGGUGGGAACAACAGGCAUAGCGGAAGCGGCAGGAGGGGCAGCAGGGGGAGCUAGCGGUGGGUCAAUUGUGAGGAGCGGGUCCAGCUCACAGGACGCACCACCACCUGCAGCAGCGGAGGCAACAGCGUGGGCCUCAGCCAUAGGCGCGUACGGCCUCCCCAGAAGCAGCUCUCGCCGCGAGAUCGUCCCCAACUCGCCGCGCACACCCGCUUCCAUUGGCGCAUACGGCCUCUCUAGAAGCAGCUCUCGGCGCGAAAUCUCCAUGUCGCGAAGCUCGUCGCGGCGGGAGAUCUUAUCUGAGAUCGAAGGGGAGCUGGCAGCGGCGGGGUUACCAGGGUCGCUCUCCCGGUCGCUGUCCAAGUCACUCUCUCGGAGUGCGUCGAGGCGGGAGCGGUGGAAUGAUGGGAGCAGUAGCUUUGGAGGGGGGGUGGUGGAGGCUGAGGUGGUGUCUCGUGCUGAGUGGCCGCCCAGGCUAGAGGACCAUGUUACCUGGACCGCUGCUGCUGCUGCUGCUGCUGCUAGUUCUGAUGUAGGGGGUGGUGAGUCUGGUGCCACUGCUGCUGCUGCUGGUGCUGAUCCUGGUGUUGCUGGUGUGGGUGGUAAUGGUGAUGGUGGUGGUGGUGAUACUUCUGCUGCUGCUGUUGGUGAUCCUGGCAGUAGUGGUGCUGGUGAUUCUGCUGGUGUUGCUGCUGCUGGUGCUAGUGCUGGUGCUGCUGGUGCUAGCGAUUCUGGUUCUGGUUCUGCUGCUGCUGCUGGUGGUGCUGGUGCUGCCAGUGCAGCUGUUGAGAGGGCAGGAGAGGGUGGGGCAGCAACAGCCACCACCACUUCUCCUGCUGCUGACUCAUCACCGCACGCGGCUGACUCAUCACCACAGCAGCCCUCCCCGUCUAGCCCUCUGCCUGCGUCCGCUGCCCUACCAGCCGCAUCCAUGUCUCCAGGCUCUAGCCCGCAUACUCCAGAGGCGCGGCUGAGCGUGGCGGAGCUGACUCUCACGUUUCAGCGCCACCUGGCCAUUCUGGUGCGCGUGGAGGCACACCGGAGGGAGGACUCGCUGCGGCUGCUGCUGAGAUCCGAUGCCGUGCAGGACAUCAUCUCGUGGCUGACCUCUCCGUACUGGUAA